AACAACUUGCCUGCCAGACUCAAGAAACGGCACAUUUAUGAGGGCCUCAAGGAAAGGGAGUUCUUUAAAUUCACAUUGGCUACAGAGAAGGAAGGGGGACUAACUAGAAGUGGGGUGAGGCUCGGGACAGGCCGUCCGCAGAGAAGGUGGGUGGAGGGCUGCUGACGGUCAGGCACUGGUCAUGCGCACCGGGGAUGCGGUGUCCUGGGCCUUCUGGAUGCUUCCAAGAAGGUGGAGUCUCUAGUCAGCUAGGCUGUGAUGGGGUUCCUCGGGAGAGCAGCCCGUUCAUGCACAGCGUGGACGGGGACUCAGAGAGCGGCUUUGAAGGGAGGAACAUGGCGCUCUUUGAGGAAGAGAUGGACAGCAACCCCAUGGUCUCCUCCCUCCUCAACAAGCUGGCCAAUUACACCAACCUGAGCCAGGGCGUGGUGGAGCACGAGGAAGCCGAGGAGAGCCGGCGGCGCGAGGCCAAGAGUCCACGCAUGGGCACCUUCAUCGGCGUCUACCUGCCCUGCCUGCAGAACAUCCUGGGCGUGAUCCUCUUCCUGCGCCUGACGUGGGUCGUGGGGGCAGCCGGCGUCCUCGAGUCCCUCCUCAUCGUGUUUAUGUGCUGCACCUGUACGAUGCUGACCGCCAUCUCCAUGAGCGCCAUUGCAACCAACGGCGUGGUCCCAGCCGGUGGCUCGUACUACAUGAUAUCAAGAUCUCUGGGGCCUGAGUUCGGGGGGGCCGUGGGCCUCUGCUUCUACCUGGGCACGACAUUCGCAGGGGCCAUGUAUAUUUUGGGGACCAUUGAGAUCUUUUUGACUUACAUCUCCCCUGGCGCGGCUGUCGUCCAGGCUGAAAUGGCCGGCAGCGAGGACGCAGCCAUGCUGCACAACAUGCGCGUGUACGGGACAUGCGCACUGGCCCUAAUGGCCGUGGUGGUCUUCGUGGGCGUCAAGUAUGUCAACAAGCUGGCCCUGGUGUUCCUGGCCUGUGUGGUGCUGUCCAUCCUCGCCAUCUACGCUGGUGUCAUCAAGACUGCCUUUGGCCCUCCGGACAUCCCGGUCUGCCUGCUGGGGAAUCGCACACUGUCAAGACGCAGCUUCAACGUCUGUGCCAAAGUCUACAAUACCGGCAAUGGCACGGUGACCACCACGCUCUGGGUCCUCUUCUGCAACAGCUCCUUGCCUGGCGCCACCUGUGACGAGUACUUUGCUCAGAACAAUGUCACAGAGAUCCAGGGCAUUCCUGGUGUGGCCAGUGGCGUCCUGCUGGAUAACCUGUGGAGUGCCUAUGCGGACAAGGGGGCAUUUGUGGAGAAGGGGGGCGUGCCCUCAGCACCCGUGCCGGGCGACAGCAGAGCCAGUGGGCUGCCCUAUGUGCUCACCGACAUCAUGACCUACUUCACCAUGCUGGUCGGCAUCUACUUCCCCUCCGUGACUGGUAUCAUGGCCGGCUCAAACCGGUCUGGGGACCUCAAGGAUGCCCAGAAAUCAAUCCCCACAGGGACCAUCAUGGCCAUCGUGACCACGUCUUUUAUUUACCUCUCCUGCAUUGUGCUGUUUGGGGCCUGCAUUGAAGGCGUGGUCUUGCGAGAUAAGUUUGGGGAGGCCCUGCAGGGGAAGCUCGUCAUUGGUAUGCUGGCCUGGCCAUCGCCCUGGGUCAUCGUCAUCGGCUCCUUCUUCUCAACCUGCGGCGCUGGCCUGCAGAGCCUCACAGGGGCUCCACGCCUGCUGCAGGCCAUUGCCAGAGAUGGCAUCGUCCCCUUUUUGCAGGUGUUUGGCCACGGAAAGGCCAAUGGGGAGCCCACGUGGGCCCUGCUGCUCACAGCCCUCAUCUGCGAGGCCGGCAUCCUCAUCGCCUCCCUGGACAGCGUGGCCCCCAUCCUCUCCAUGUUUUUCCUCAUGUGCUACAUGUUUGUGAACCUGGCCUGCGCAGUGCAGACCCUGCUGCGCGCACCCAACUGGCGGCCACGUUUUAAGUACUACCACUGGGCGCUGUCCUUCCUGGGCAUGAGCCUGUGCCUGGCCCUGAUGUUCAUCUGCUCCUGGUACUACGCACUCUUUGCCAUGCUCAUAGCGGGUUGCAUCUACAAGUACAUAGAGUACCGUGGGCGGACGCGGUCUGGUGAUGGCAUCGGUGUGAUGACCAGCUUCCAAUUGCGCCUGUGGAAUGCCAAAUGGUGGCAGCAACGGGCCGAGAAGGAGUGGGGAGACGGCAUCAGGGGGCUGUCGCUGAAUGCCGCCCGCUACGCCCUGCUGCACGUGGAGCACGGUCCCCCCCACACCAAGAACUGGAGGCCGCAGGUGCUGGUGAUGCUGAGCCUGGACGAGGAACAGGGUGUGAAGCACCCGCGCCUGCUGUCCUUCACCACACAGCUCAAGGCCGGCAAGGGCCUGACCAUUGUGGGCUCCGUGCUGGAGGGCACCUUCCUGGACAAGCACGCGGAGGCCCAGCGGGCCGAGGAGAACAUUCGGUCUUUGAUGAGCAUGGAGAAAAUGAAGGGCUUCUGCCAGCUGGUGGUGUCCUGCACCCGGCGGGACGGCAUGUCCCACCUGAUCCAGUCGGCCGGCCUGGGGGGCAUGAGGCACAACACGGUGCUCAUGGCCUGGCCACAGUCCUGGAAGCAGGAGGACAACCCUUUCUCCUGGAAGAACUUCGUGGACACUGUGCGUGACACCACUGCGGCGCAGCAGGCCCUGCUGGUGGCCAAAAACGUGGACCUGUUUCCGCAAAACCAGGAGCGCCUCGGCGAGGGGAACAUUGACGUGUGGUGGGUCGUGCAUGAUGGAGGCCUCCUCAUGCUGCUGCCCUUCCUGCUGCGACAGCACAAGGUGUGGAGGAAAUGCCGCAUGCGCAUCUUCACGGUGGCCCAGGAGGAUGACAACAGCAUCCAAAUGAAGAAGGACCUGCAGAUGUUCCUGUACCACCUCCGCAUCAGCGCCGAGGUAGAGGUGGUGGAGAUGGUGGAAAAUGACAUCUCAGCAUUCACAUAUGAGAAGACACUGGUGAUGGAGCAGAGGUCCCAGAUGCUAAAGCAGAUGCAGCUGUCCAGGACAGAGCGGGAGAGAGAGGCUCAGCUAAUCCACGACCGGAACACCGCAUCCCAUUCUGCAGUGGCCGCCAGGACCCAGGCCCCAUCCUCGCCAGACAAGGUGCAGAUGACCUGGACCAAGGAAAAGCUUGCCGCUGAGAAGCACAAGAGCAGAGACCCUGGCAUGCCUGGGUUCAAAGGUCUCUUCAGCCUAAAGCCAGAAUGGGGAAGCCUGGACCAGGCCAACGUCCGGAGGAUGCACACGGCCGUAAAGCUCAAUGGGGUUGUCCUCAGCAAGUCCCAGGAAGCCCAGCUGGUCUUGCUGAACAUGCCAGGGCCCCCUAGAAACCGGCAGGGGGAUGAGAACUACAUGGAGUUCCUCGAGGUCCUGACUGAGGGGCUGAACAGGGUCCUUCUGGUCAGAGGCAGUGGCCGGGAGGUGAUCACCAUCUACUCCUAGUGUUCAGCCAUGCGGGGAGGCCUGGGGGCUGCGACAUGGCAAACGCUGCCCAGUGGCCUCACCUGAUGGGGUGGCUUCCCACAAGUUUUUGGAAUGCUGUGGGGUCUCCUGUCCAGGCCAAGGGCCACACAUGAAAAGUUUUGUUGCAUCCAUGGGGAGAUGCAGAGGCCUUAGUGCCCAUGUGUUCCUGGGGGAGGUCAGGGUACCGGGCACAUCGUGCAGCCACAGCAGCAGAGUGAGGCAGGGAGGCAGGCCACGUGUCCACCUUUGCAUCCAGAGUAACCUUUCCUUGGCGGCGCCCACCUGGCUUCCGCAGUGACAGUCUACCAACGCCCCGUCUGGGCCGCUCGCGGGAAGCCGCUCCCACUGGCGCUGUCCCCUGGGCUGCUGGGCCCAUUGAGGUACGUAAGACAUCAGCCUGUGGCUGGGGGCCCAGCAGUGCUUUCUGCUGCUUUGUGACCUGCCUGCUGGAGUGUCUGUAAGUUAAGGCAGAGAAGAGCCAUCCACGCCUGUGCCCCCGGCCCCACUGGGUUCCAGUCUGGUUCAUGCCCCAGGAAGCUGCCUGAGUGACGUGCCCCCAGAGAGGGCCCUGCCCAGCCUGGGCGGUCUGCAGCUGGGAUGCCAGCCCCAUCCCUUCAUGGGUACUGCACUCCCAGCCACAGGCACAAGGUUGUUUCUGAGAUGCAGAAACAGUAAAUGCCAAGAAUUCUCCUCACCUGCAGCACCGUGACCAGACUGUGUGGUUCGGGGUCUGAGGCACAGCAGCUUAUGAGGCCACGUCCUCGCCCACGCCCCUGGAGAGAGGGUGGGGCGCGGGUACCAGUGCCAUGCCCUGGUUGUCCUGAUGAAGCCUGCAUGCCGCCUCCUGGUGGCCACAGGCGAGAUGCCCGUCCACCUUCAUAGGCCUGCCCUUCGCCUCUCCUGGGUUUGAUUAUGCCUGUUGUUUGUCACGGUGAUUUUUCUGCCUCACUUCCUGCAUGGCUUAUUUAUUUAUAACCCCCAGGGUUUCCGUGACAGUGAGGUUGCCCUGAGGGGCCCAGACACCAGGCCCCUUUCCUUCUCUGGCUUCAUGGACUCACUAGGGAAUCACCUGGUCGACGGAUUUCAGGUCAGGGCAAAGCUAAAUGUGAGCUUCGGAUGUUUCUGGAGUGCUGCCGGACUGACCACCGGCCACGGUGUGUGCCAGGCAGCCAGGCUGGGGCCCUGGAGCCCUGCCCGUGUGGGUUCCACGCGGAGUUAGGCAGUGACGUCCACCCGCCUUGCACUGGGGCCUCUCCUGGUCCAGGGUCCCUGUACUGAGAUUGGGGGGUAAGGUAUGGAAAACCACCCCUGUGCUGCAACUGACACCUGGCCCAUGGCCUUGGCAUUCUGGAGUUGGGUGUGUGCCCCAUGGCACGGUCUGCAUGGACCCGAUGCGUCCUUCCCACACGACUCUGUGUAAAUACCACUGCAGCUGCUGCUUCUGGGAUUUAGUUCAUGUCCUCUCUAGGUUCCUAUCUUUGGUUUUAUCAGUAGAAUAAAAUUCUGUGAAAUCAAGAAUA